AUGCCCUUCGCUUUCGGCAAGAAGACCGCCACGACCUCUGGCAAGCCUUAUACGCACCAGACAACGUCGGAGGCGACGCUCGUCGACCACACUCUUCCAGAAAACACCAAGCCUGAGAUCCGGUCCCGGGAUCUCACGUCCAAGUCCUCUGGGAAGGACAAGGUAGAUCACAGGCGGAAUUGGGAGGCUCUAGCGUUUGCCGCCAUGACCCGAUGA